AUGCUGCAUCCGGUAGAGUUAACUCCCUCCGGCCGGCCCGUGCUGUUCCCUGGCGAGGUGGAGAGCCUUUUAAUCGACGACGCGGGGAUAGAAUUUGAAGAGGUAGCAAAUUCCGGCUCGGUUCUUGAAGCGGAGUCGCUUCGUGAUGGCGUCGCGUCGCUCACCACGCACCGGCUGAUUUGGAUCGACGAACGGCCGGCGACAGGUGGUAACCAGAAGCGAGCUUUCGCCGUGCCACUCGUCGCCAUCGCGAAUGCUUCCGCUGCGGGGUGGCGACUCACCUCAGUUUUCGCCUCCCCUCGUGUUCGCAUGUACGUCUUAUUAGACCCGCAAGGGCGGGCGGUUUUGUCGUCUUCUGCCAUUGGCAGCAGCAGCCACAGCACGCAGAGCAGCAACUUAGGGUCGAAUUUAGGACGAACCGCGUCAUUAGUAGCCGUUCUAAGAGGCCAGGCCCCUGCUGAUGUGUUCUUAAAAAAACUCAACGAAGCUCUAGCGGCUAGAAAAUGGCAAGAUUCACCUUUUCCGGGGCUAGUAACCCCCCCUACUGCUGCCUCCGCAUCUCUCCCUGCCCUGCCGAUCGGCGCAGCAGCAGCAGCAGCAGCAGCAGCAGCAGCGGUCGGCGCGUAUGGGGGGAGCGGAAUGGGGGGAUCAGCAACUGGCGGAGAGAACCCCCUGUAUUGGGGCAGUGCGGGGUAUGGAAGCGGGGAAGUGGGGACAGCAGGGGGAGCGGGGGGAGCAGGGGGACCUCCCCCGGUGCAGUUCAGCACAGCAAUGGCGGGGGUGGGGGGGAUUCUGAGGCGCGAGGCGGAGCAGAAGCAGGCCACGGAUCGCAGCCUGCAAGAAGCGUUCUCGGACCUGAAUGCACUCAUGGCCAAGGCGAGCGAGAUGGUGAAACUGGCAGAGAGAAUGCGACAGAAGCUGCAGCAGCAGCAGGGGGCGGCGAGUGGGGAAAUCGCCCCUUCCCUCUCUUCCUCCUCCUCCUCUUCCUCAGCAGCAGCAGCAUCGGAGGAGCUGCAGGACCUGCUGCUGAAGAUGGGCAUUGAGUCUCCUGUCACACGAGAGACAGCAGGCGCAUUGUAUCACAGACAGCUGUCCAGAGAGCUUGCAGAUUUCAUAGGCCCAGUGCUGGAGAAGACAGGUGGCACGAUGCUAUUGGUCGACGUGUACUGCAUAUUCAACCGCGCCAGAGGCACAGAGCUCAUAUCACCAGACGAUCUACUCAAGGCGUGUUCGCUCUGGUCCUCUUUCACCUCUCCUGCAGUGCUAAGGCGCUUUGACAGUGGCAUUCUUGUGGUGCAGCUCAAGACUCACAGCGACGAGCAUGUCACGCGCAGGAUCCAGGAGUUGGUCUCGACCAAUGAGGCGCAGCGAGUCGGGGUGUCCAUUGCUGAUGUGGCGCAGGCGCUCGGCGUCUCGCCAGCUGUCGCCAAGGAGGAAUUGUUAGCAGCCGAGGCCAAGGCUCUUCUGUGCCGAGACGAUGCAGCCGAUGGCCUCCGCUUCUUCGAAAACUUCUUUGCCACGGCUCAUAUGUGA